UAUGAAAACAUUCUCUCUCUCCAAUAAGAAGCCUCACCCGUCAUUCCCGGAGUAAAGUAGAAGAGUCCUCGACGGUCGCCGGAAGAGAAAUUCACGCCAAAAGUUCUUUCCCUUUUUGCCCUCUAAACAAUCGGCUCUCAUCAGAUCUCCUUUCAACCAUGGUUGGUUGAAUGGAUGAUGGUUGCUUCUGUUUUUUUAUGGUGAAAUGGUACAUGAGAAGAAGGGGGUAAAAAAGAGGGCUUAUGGUAAAUGGAGUGCAACAAAGAUGAUGCUUUGAGGGCUAAAGAAAUUGCAGAGAGGAAAUUCUUGGCUAAGGACUUUUCGGGGGCGAAAAAGUUUGCUUUAAAGUCCCAGAAUCUGAAUCCUGGGCUUGAAGGCAUUAGUCAAAUGUUGGCAACACUCGAAGUGCAUAUUGCUGCUGAGAGCAAAAUUAAUGGUGAAGGAAAUUUUUACGGAAUCCUUGGUGUUAGUCCGAAAGCUGAUGAUGAAGCUAUAAGGAAACAGUAUAGGAAACUGGCCCUCAUGCUUCAUCCUGAUAAGAACAAGUCCAUAGGAGCCGAAGCUGCGUUUAAGCAUGUUUCAGAAGCGUGGAGCUGCUUGUCGGAUAAGAACAGCAAAACAGCGUAUGACAGAAGAAAUGUGAGUGCAUUGCUGCAGAGAGUCCAGGCUGAAAAUGUAGAUUCUUCUCAACAGAAUGGUUUUCACAAAUUUGCAAAGAAUGCUGCUGCUUCACGAGUGAGGCCUCCAAAGAGUACUAGCAAUAAAAAGAGCUGUUCAUCUGGAGCGAAGGAGCGUAAUACCUUUUGGACUGUUUGCUUUGGGUGCAAGAUGCAGUAUGAGUAUAUGCGGAUGUACCUCAACCAGAAUCUUCUGUGUCCCAAUUGUAAUGAAGCCUUCUUAGCUGUCGAAACACCAGCACCAUCCAAUGGCUCAAAGAAGUCAACUCAACAGCAAGAAAACACGUACCACCGGGGGAUGAAAAAGGAUGCACCAACUACAGGAAGAAACAGUUCAAGCGCUCCAAAGUCAGCUGAUCACAAUGACUUCCAGUGGAGCCCAUUUUCUAAAACUGCUGGCCAUGCAUCUGCCGUACAUGCAGCUAAUAUGGUACAACAAGCGUAUCAGAAAGUAAAACGAGAGCGUCAAGAAGCACAGACGGCGACGAAAAGAGAGGAGGCGUUAAAAAGGAAAAAUCAUUCGUCCAAACGACCAAGGGAAGCUUUAUCAGCUGCACAGUUUAAUGCUUCCAAGAGGAAAAAAGGCAUAAAUGACCCCAGUACAAGUAGGCUCAGUCCAGCUGAAGUUGAACGGGAUAAUAGUGAAAGGGUUAAGCUGAAUGUCGCUAACAAGUUGAGUAAUGGAAAGGGGGUAUCCUACAAUGAUGUCAGACAUUUGCUGAUGGAGAAGGCCAAGAAGGAAAUAUUGAAAAAGCUAAGUGAACGGGGCUCAACUACAUUUAUGUCUUCAAGGGAGGUUUUAAGCGAGGAAUAUAAGGAGAAAAAAAAUGAAGAAAAUCAUGGCUCUGAAUUUGAUGUCAGAGAAGACCAUGAUGCAGCUCUUGAACAAGCUACAACUGAAACCAAAGUCUUUGCACAUAGGUCUAGUUCUGAAACUUUUGACAACUAUUUAGAUAAUGAACCUGCUGGGUGUAUGUCGAUAGAUGUCCCGGAUUCAGAUUUACACAAUUUUGAUAGUGAUCGAAUAGAAAGUUGUUUUGAACCUAACCAGGUCUGGGCUGCAUAUGAUGACAGUGAUGGGAUGCCUCGACAUUAUGCUGUGAUUCUCAAGGUAGUUUCUUUAAAUCCUUUCAAGGCCAGAAUUAGUUGGUUAAAUUCAGACAACAGUGAAACAGGUUCACUAAAAUGCGUUAAUUCCGGUGCUCCAAGAACAUGGGGAUAUUUCAGAAGAGGCAGGCACGAAAUUAGAACCUCCGUUAACUGCUUCUCACACAAGGUCAGAUGGACAAAAGGUCCUGGUGAUACAAUUCAAAUAUUUCCUAGAAAGGGGGAAGUUUGGGCUAUAUAUAGAAACUGGUCUGCAGAAUGGAAUGAGUUUACGGAGGAUGAUAUGAUACACAAAUAUGAUUUGAUUGAAGUACUUGAAGAUUUUAAUGAGGAAUGUGUGGUAGUUACUCCUCUCGUCAAAGUUGCUGGCUUCAAGUCGGUGUUCCACAAGCACUUGAACCCCAGGGAAAUUAAAAAAAUUCCUACGGGAGAAAUGUUUCGAUUUUCCCAUGAGAUUUCGUCGUACUUGCUUACAGGAAAAGAAGGACCAAAUGCUCCCAAGGGUUUCCAAGAGUUGGAUCUAGCAGUUAUUCCUGGAGAAUUUCUUGAAGUAAUACAAGACACAGAAGAAAUUGAAUGCAUGGAUCCCGAGGAAGAAAAUACAAUUGGUGGUACAGGAGCAAGUUGUAACAAUUUGAUGGAAGAAACUUACAGCUCAAUGGAAGAUAAGGAAGUUAUAAUAUUAGAUUCCUGAUAUACUAGGAUGUUGUUAUAUAGCCAUUCAUCAACUUCUUUAAGCAAAUGGUUGAUGAGAGACGUCUUAAUGUAGCUUCCAUUAGUCCAUUCCCUGUUUAGAUUUGACUUUUGCUUGAAGUAUCUGCAAAGCACCUAUAAUUAAAGUAGAACUUGUCUACUAUUCAAAGGUAGACAUAGGAUUCUUGAUAUUUCAAGCUAUAAGGGGAAAAAGAUUAGGAUGUAACUAAUAUAUGUUAGGAUCUUCUUAUUUCAUGUAUAAAUGAGAUGAGGUUUUUGUAUGCUCACAUGAGAAGCUGAUUUAUGGUACUUUUCAAAAGCUUAUCUUCAGAGCUCUGGUGCU